CGGACGGUCGGUAUUAAUUUAGGCAGCGCUAUUCAGUUGUUACCUGUCUGCCGUGCAGGUAGGUCGCGUUCGAGUUUCCGAACCUUCUUCUGGGAUCAAUCAUCUGGACCACCUGUAGAGUUUGAUCACCUGUCGUUACUCGAUCUCGCAUUCUGCAUACAUCUCACAUAUUCUGCUUCGUUCGAUCACGAAGGUGUAUAGCAGAUGUCUGCAUCCGCCAGUAGUCGGCUAGCACCCAUUGGCAGUUGGAUAAGCAGCUGGCAGCAUAAAGUAAUAAUAGUAACAAAUUUAUUAUCUGCUACAGUUAGCGUUCCUUGUAUCGUUUAACCGCAGUGCAUUCGCGAAGAACACAACACAAUCCGGUUGAGGUCCAUCGCCUGGAAAAACGUAAAGAAUAAGUCCUGUGUUAGUGCUGCUAUCUGUGAGUUUCAUUCAUUUCGGGAGAAGAAGUGAUUCGUGCUGUUAGCGAAAACAGGGGUGAAAAGCAUCCUCGCGACCGAGCACUGGACCAACGCAUCGCAUCCCACGGAGACAGAGAAAAUAGGAGAAAUUAGUCUGUCGAAAGCAGCCCCCUCUUUCCAUUGUUAGCUGCUAAUUAAUGUGCUGAAAUUGCUGUUUGUUUUUGAGUUUUAAUCAUUGUAACCAGUUUGAGGUUUUCUCCAAAAGCGAGACAGGAAAAAAAGAGUUAAUACUAAACAGUGGCUGUGCUUGUACUUCGGGAAUCGGCGAGAAGAAUCGUGAGAGAAAGAGAGGUUGCGGCAAGAUGGAAUACCGGUGGAUCUACUUGGUGGCACAGUUAAUCACAGUACUCUCCACCUGCACACAGAUCAUAUUGGCGGCACAAUCACUGUGGCCAAAUCUGUCGACAGAGAAAUGUUCCACCGGCGGUUCUUUGAAAUAUAUUUCCGGUAACGCACUCACAGACAGCCCGACAUGUUUAGGACCGAACAACGCUCCAUAUCCGAGCAAUGUGGUGGCACGAACGUUUUCCAACUGGAACUCAAACGGCUCAUCGCGAAGGGGCCGGAUGAGUCAGCCGCCAACCUUGGACCCUAAAUUGAUGCAGCGAGCCUUGCUGCAGGCGUAUGGUGAUGCCAACGAGGUGCCCCAAUUGGAGGAUGUGCGCACUAGAUACAGUCGCUCGGUGGACAGCGCACACCAAUGCCGCGAUACACCCUCCAGGUUGUGCAAAACCCGAUACAACACCACCGCACCAAUGUACGGAGUCAGUCUCACUUCCGGUCAGCCCGUAACGAUUGUGCAGAAAUUCCCCGAUCUUCUGCAGCAGGUCGUGUUUGAGGUGUGCGAAUCGUCCGAGUGUGAUGUGGUCCGAGGCGAGUGCACCCAAACCUAUGUCCCAUAUCUCUUUCUGGUGAUUCCGCUGGGGCCGGUAACCCUGACAGGCCAAGAUUAUGUUCUCGUCGAGAGUGGAUGCGUGUGUAAGCCCAAGUACGCAACGGAGAAACCGCGCGAAUCCGGAGGGAAUUUUAUACCAUGAAUGGACCUGCUGCUGCCGGUCGCCUGACCUGCCCCAUAGAUGUAUUAUUCGGAGUGAAUGGAGCCUCUGAACGUGCAAGUUGGAAUAGUGAUGUUGUCGUUGUGAUGCGCCUCCGCAAUCUGUUCAUCCUGACCCUACAUCAAGCAAAAAGAUAAACCAACAGUUCGCGAAAGCGAUGGCCUCAAGUCUUAAAUUCUUACCCUUAAACUAUCUAUCAUUAAUUAGACUGCAUAAACACCCACGACACUUUUUGUAAAUAUUUUCCAUCUACAUUUUUCUCAAUGUAAGAAAAAUUGUGCUAUUAUUUAGACUAUCUUUCAUUUUUCUCGUCAUAUUCACGUUCGCAAUAGUGAAUAAAGUCGAAUGGUAAUGUAUUUGAGAACAUGUACUUUCUAUUAUAUACAAAUUGUAUAUGUGAGACAUGAAAAUAAAUUAUUUAUUUUUAAUAA